UUCCUGCACCCGCCGCCGCCGCCGGCACCGCACCAUGGCCCGCUGCCGUGCUGCAAGGGCAGGAGCGAGCAUCCCGCCGACCCCAAUGGUGCUCUCUCAUCCUCUGGUGCUAUCGACCAAAACCCAAGCACUUUCCAAGAAAACCAAGCUGUUUUUCCGUCUAGUUUACACUCGCCCGGUCUGCCAAAGCCAGUCGGUAAGAGGCAAGCCUCGGCGAAAGACAGUGUCCCCAGCCCGCGGCUGCUGGUCCAGAGCAGCCCUCUGAGAAGGAACAUGCCACCAAACUCUCUCUCCCAAGUGCACUUUCAGAGCAAAGCCUAUUGCAGCUCCCCCGCGGGCAGCGCCAGCGCAGGAUCCGUGCCUUUCGAGACAAGCAUUCCCACUACGGCACCCACCCACCCUAGGCUUGUGCAAGCUUGGGAAGGUGCCACUAAGGCGUUUUCUCCCAUGGACCAGAAUUCAGCACCUUAUUCAAACCCUGUUGGAAACCAGUUCUCAUUCGAGUGCCAGUCUGGCCCCGAGCAGAGGCAGCACAGGCAGAAAAAUGCCAGGAUGCCUUGGCAGCAAAUACACCUCACUUCUGCAAUGCCCGGUCCAAACAGGCUAGAGCUGUCGAGACAGAUCACCAGCCAGAAGCUCCCCUUCCCGCUGGGCACGGCGGAGUGGCAGGGGAGCGGGAAAGCCCAGAAAGGGCCCCCCGUAAGUAACUCUCCGGGGUACCAUGGCAAAAAGCUCCUAUCGGGAGAGAGCCUCGGGGUCCAGAGGGGAGACGCCAACUCGACGGGCGCUUUCGCUUUCGAGAGUGGGAAGGAGCCAGGGUCUCCCGCCUGCGAUUCGAGAAGCAAAGCCCUCUUCUACAGCGUGGGGCAAGCAGGUCCUCCUCCCUCCAGGGGCUCGUCGGGCGCAGCCGCGGGCCCGGCCCCGGUCCUGCCGCCGUCAGCCUUGGUGCCUGCCUCCCCUUGCGAGUCCCCGCUGCCGUCCCCUGUCCCCAACCCCACCUGUGGCAGUUCCUGCUCGUCGCUCUCCCCCAUGUCCAGCAGCCCGCUCAACGCCGGCUUCGAAGACAGCCAAAUGUCUGGAGCGCUGAACCCCUCUCCCUUCUUCCAGCACCCCUGCCAUCCCAAGGACGGUAACAAAACCUUCCACCCCUCUGACGUCCUGAGCUCCAGCUCGCUUCAUUACCACCCCCCGGACUCCGUCAAGUCCUUCCACUUCCCUCCUGAUGCUCUGAAAGACGACAGCCUCCUGAAAUGUGCCCCGGCAAGCCCGUUCCACAAACCCGGCGUGGAGGUGGGCAAAGGAUGCUCGGAUGGGCUGAGCGGGGAGCAGCCUCCGCCGCCCACCAGCUCGCUCAGCAGCGCCAGCCUGGACCAGUUGGACGUGCUCCUGACCUGCAAGCAGUGCGACCAGAACUACAGCAACCUCUCCUCCUUCCUGCAGCACCGCCAGUUCUGUGCCUCCCACCCCGCUCCCCAGGGAGAGGGCAAGGAUGCUCCCCGGGCAGCCGAGGGGCGGAAAGCCCUCCCCCCGGAGCCCCACAAACCCCCCGGCCUGGGGCUCUCUCCGGACCCCCAGGCACAUUUGCUGGCAUUAAACAAGAGCGAUGACUUCUUGCUGGAUGGGGAAAGCAAAAGCGAGGGCAAGGAAGAUGCUCUGAAGGGCGGCCUCUUCAACGGCCUCGCCGCCAGCUCCCUGCCGCUCACCGCCUCGGACCUGGACAUCGACGAUGCCAAGCUGGACAGCCUGAUCACCGAAGCCCUCAACGGCCUGGGGUACCAGUCGGAUAACCCGGAGAUCGACAGCAGCUUCAUAGAUGUGUUCGCCGACGAGGAGCUGACGGGCGUGAAGGCAGCCGGCGGUGGGAUGUCCCACAAGGCGAAGGAAGCCCUGGCCUCAGAGAGCAAAUCAAAGCAGGCAGCAGUGGAGGAGAAGGCAGCGGGUCAGCCCAAGGCCAGCUAUUUUUACGAGGAUGGCCACCCCGGUGGGGAGCAGGUGAAGAGAGGGGCAGGAAAGCAGCACCUUCACAAGGGGAGGCCAGCACAGAGGUUGGCAGCCCAGGAGCUGGAUCCCGGGGCAGCAGGAGAAGAAAGGACAGCCAGGCUGCGGGCAGGCAGGAAGAACAGCAUCCCACCGGCCACCACCUCCUCCAAGUCCACCUCCAGCCAAAAGCAUCCAAGGAAGCUCAGCCAGGAGCCUCUGACGAAGAGCGAGGUGGGGUUGGGUAUCGCCACCAAGAGCUCCAAGCCACCCCGGUUCUCCAUGAAGGAGAUGAAGAAGCGGAAGCCCCGAAGCGGGACGUGGAGCAAGGAGCUCAUUCACAAGAUUGUGCAGCAGAAGAACAAGCUCCACAAACUGCAGGUGAAGAGCAGCAAGCAGGCACAGUUCCCCCAGGCUGCCGAGAGGCUGAUGCCAGCUGCCAAGGAGGGCAGGUUUCCGGAGUAUGACUAUGUCUCUGACUCGGACGACGACAGGGCAGAGUGUAGCAAGCUCCGGGGACGGAAGAAGCAAGGCAGGGGAUUCAUCGGGAGGAGCAAGUACAGCUUUAGCAAGAAACGCCCAGGAAGAAGUGAAAGAGCCAAAGAGAAAGAUCCAGCCUGGAGCUACAACCAGAAAAGGGACGGUCAGAAAAGGGAGGCACAGGAGCAUGGGGGGGUCUCAAGCCAGGAGCAUGACAAGAAAGAGGAUUGUGCCACCAGGGUCCGAAGACGGAGCAGCCAGUCCGAGGUGGGCACCAGCCCACCCCGCGCUGGCGGGGCUGGCUCGGGCAGCGAGAAGGGAGGCACACGGAGGAGGAGGCGCUCGGGCAGCCCGGCACGCGCGCCAAGGGCUCCGCUCAGCCUUCCCGAGGACAGGAGCCCAAAGAAGAGCCAGAAGAGCAAAGAGGACUUUUCCAGGGGGAGCAGGCGGUUUGGCUCGGCCAAACCUUCGGUAGCAGGCUCCAGGACACGUCCGAGUACCAAACCAGAUGUUGCUGCAACGGAUUGUGCAAAGGAGGAGCCAUUACCGCAGCCCCGGGAAAAGCAGCUGCCCGGCACGGAGGCCGCGGGCAGGAGCCCCACCAGGUUGUCCUGUAAGGAGGGGGCAGAAGAGCCCAAAGGAGCAAAGCACACGGGUGAGGCAGGAGAACCCACACUGGAGGCUCAGGCAUCACCCAAGCCGACCAUGGUCAACCAGAGGCAUCAGUUUUCCCCUUUUGCGGGUGACGCGCUGAAGUACCAUGCAGAAGAGCUAAUUGCUCCAUCCCACGGCGGUAACGAAGCUAGUUCUGGCAACGUGAGUGCCACCUACCCGGAAACAGGCAGCAAAUACUUGAAGGCACAUGGGUUCUGUGAUGCUCAGAAGGACUAUCCCACACCGGUUGCCCCAUACGGAGGGGAUGCAGUGGGGAUCAUGCUCACUGCCAAGGCGCCUGAUCCAUAUGUCAGCAGCAACAACACGUUUUUUGAUCCCAAAGGCCUUCCCGGUCACUACAAUGACAACCUCUUCUCAAAGCCCCCAGCCUUGGGCUCCUCGCACAUGGAUGACAUGUACUUAUGCCGGGAUGACAUCAACGCUGGCUCCUUUGAGCAGAAGCAUGCCAGCAUCUCCCCUUACGCCACAGAAGCGCCACAGGGCAAGGUGUCCUCCCCUCUCAGCUUCGAUUCCUCUUCGAUAUUUGGAGAGCUUCCCGUCACCGAGUUUGAUCCGCCACUGUACGAGAGCGUUUCUGCAAGCAAAGAUGGUUAUGUGACAACGUUCACCUGUCCUGGCAAUCCACCCAGCAAGCCGCUGCCGUUCGAGCAACCAUAUCCACCGUUCAUGGCAGAGAAAGACUGGUCCCUCAUGGAGGAGGUGGCUCCGAUGCUGCCAGAAGACAUGACUCAGUUCCACAGCCUCUCAGUGGAGAAGCCACUAGCCAAGAAAUUCCCCGAGGAAGGACCUGUCCCCACCAGCCAACUCUCCCUGCCACUGCCAGACAGGAUAACGGAUUAUAACGUGACUUUUAUGAACAACGUAUCAGACGAUGAGCUGGAGAUCAAGCGAUUAGUCACAGAGCUGGAAAGUCAACUGCAAACCAGCAAGCUGGAUAACGAGGCAUCCGUCACCCUUCAGAAACCCGAGCAACACGUCGCUGCCCAUCUGCAAGGACAAGUGGCCGAGCAGUUCCCACCGCUGCCGGUCGAGCAAGAGACGGGCCAUGAGAAAGGACUGUUUUUGGGAGAUGAGCUGGGCAAUUCAAGCCUUUGCAUUGGGGAGAGGCUGGGAGGCGAGAAGUCGGCCGUCACGAGCGGCCGUGGGGACUACGAGAGACCCAGGGAGCCCUGGCCCUGCCCGGUGGAGCUGGGCUCGCUGGAGGCGGGGAUGUGCACGCCAGCCCCGCUCGCCACGGGCCGUUUUUGCUCCAAAGAUGGCAGCGAGCAGCUCCAGGGAGCUGCCUCUGCCAAGGAAAGUGACCUCAGAAAGAUGGAAAAUGGGUCUUCCUCCAAAAGUCUACCUGGUUCAUGCACACCAGAUCAAUCACAGGCUCCCACCUACACAGACCCCGUGACAAAAAGCCCUCCUGUUGUCACCGACUCUGUGUUCCCCAAGACCCUGGAGGCAGCAGAAAUGACCAAAGAUCCCCUGCCAUCCCUGCCAUGCCAGCACGAUGCCGAGGGCUUCCCGGUGCUGGGGAAAGCAGAUGAAAGAUUCACUGGUGCUGCAGAGCUGGAGAAGUUUGAUGCCCAUCUUCCAAACCAUAAACCUGAAUUUGGCUUUCAGCAAGGUCCCACCCCAGCCUUGGAUCUCGCCUUUUCGCCUCACAUCAAAGAGGUCUCAGAUACAGAAGAAAGACCCUUAAGCAAGCCCAAGUCACCCAAAAUGGUGAAAAGCACCGUGGACUUUAAAGGGGAUGGUGGUGGGUCUGCAUUGAUGGAAGAAACGGAGGAGAGGAAGAGCCCCAUCAGCUAUCCAGCCCCUGCACCCGGUGACAAAGCCAGCAAGCAAAAAGUGCUGCUGUUCGAUAUGCUGAGUCUGCCCAAGGAGAGAGACUGCGGCUCCCGGCAGAUGUUGGCAUCCCAGGAGACAGCUGCCAACCCCCUGCAGCAGCUCCAGCUCUUCGUUGCCCGAACAGUGAAGAGCAACGAAGAGGAGCUGCUGAUGCCAUGCUUCCCCGUGCUGCUCGCUCCCAGCCACCCCUCUGCCACCGCCCGCGCCCAGCCAGAGCAGAAAGAGGAGAGCGGCGGUGCCUUGGAAGGGGAAAAUCGAACAUACUGCCCUGCCCAAGGGGAGGGAAACAUCCCCACUGGAGGCAACGCGGGAAAUAUUGCUGCCCCAGCGAAAGAGGCUGUGCUUUCCUCCAGUGGAUGCGAACAGCUGGAGUCAUUCGGCGCGAUGGGCUCUUACCAUGCAAAACAAUCCACGUUUGCGAAGCCAGAGCUGCAAAAUAAUGUGACGGAGCUGCAGCACUUAGCAAAUGAACAUGCGGAGCCGAAUGACAUUAAUAUCCGUGCAGAUGGUGUUUCCCGAGAGUGUAAUGACCUCUCGUCACUCAAAAACACAGCGGUGACCCCACUGCUAGGGCAAGGAAAGCAAGCUGAUCAGCUUGUGGAAGAGAAGGAGCAAGAUAAAAACAAAGCAACCUUGGCAUUUAAAAAACAUGAGCAAUCCCAUUUAAGCCUUAGUUUGCUUGAGAAAGAAACGCUGGGCAGUGCAGCAGCAGAGAGCCCGAAAAGAAAUGAGGUGGGGCAGGGGGCACGGCCCCUACGCAGUGCUCCUGCGAGUCCCACCAGCCCGCCGGGUCCCUCCAAGGAGGAGGUCCUUCAGGAUCACCGCUUGGUGCCGGAGGCAAAAGCCUGCGCCGUCAGUGCAAAGGUUCCCAGAGAGGGAAAUGGCAAGAAGUCAUCCCUCAAUGGCUGCCACUACGCGGGUGAAUCUCCGGCCAGCUUGCCCUUGCCAACCAAUUUUUCUCACCCCAAGUGCUUGCAAAGCGGUGGGGCCGAGGGAGGAGAGGUCCCCGGCUUUGGCACUCAACUCUCGGAUGAGAAGAAAUAUUGGGAGAUGGAUGGUCCCCAGAAACUGCACGGGAAGGACUGCUCUCUUCCCCGCUCGCUGCCUUUCGACCAAAAGGGUGUGGGGAAAGAGGUACCCGAAAGCGCUGGUGCUGUGCUGUCAAGCUCUCAUUUUCAAGAAAACCAAGCAUGUGCUGUCACAGAUACGCUCAUUAACUCCAUUCCUCUGGAAACCCAAGUUUACCCAACACAGCCCACAACAGAUCUUUUGCCUAUCAGAGAAAGAGAGGUAAACCUGAAUCAAGAGAACAAGCUUGAAAGCUGCUCCCAUGAUGGAAAUAGGCAUCAAAGUGAACCAGAGGCUUUGUCCAAUGAGGCAGCAGAGGGGAGACUUGGUCUUUCCAAAACCACAGAGAGCGGGGGGAAGAGUUUAAAAGAGGAGAAACCCAAAGGCCAUGGGGCUGAAGAAGCUGGGAGUUGUGUGUUAAACAGUAUGGGCCAAGGAGAGGGCAACAGGCCUGACAGUACUCCAAACCCUUCCCAAAAUGAAGUUCACAAAGAAAAGAAGCCAAACGGGCUCCCGGUGACCUGCGACAUUUGUUCAGCUUCUUUCCGGUCCAAGCCUGGCCUGACCAGGCACAAAGCUGUCAAGCACCAGGUGAAGAACGGUGGUGUACCACAGCCCAGCAAGAGUCCCAGGUCCGCUUUGAUGUCUGCAGACAAGACAGCGAAAGCAGCCCAAAAGGUGCCCAGGAGGAGCCUGAAGAGUUCAGUCAAAGAAAAAACCUGCAACUCACAGAUACUGACCACCAAUGUUGACCAUGUCCCCAAGAAAAUAUGCCCAGACCUAGAGAAAGAGCCCAGCACCCAGAUGCAAGAAGUGGUCAGCAGGGUGCUCAGUGACCUCAGCGUGAUCUCCUUUGAGAUGUCCCAGGAGCUGCACCGCACACAUGUUCUGCAGAGGGAGAUGAAGGCAAAGGGACUGCGCUCGGAGACGAGGGGAGCAGGCGAGGCGGCAGCUGGGAAGAUGGACCCGGGACGGCAAGCCAGGAAGGGAGAAAAGGGCAGAAGGAACCAAAGCAAAGAUCCUGGAGAGGUGAACGGUAAUUCUGAAAAGAAGCUAAACAGGAAAGUGAGACGAAGGAAGGCGAAGGUAUUUCCCAGCAAAAAUGAUCCCGACGGUCCAUGUGAGCUGGAGAAGAGCGCUGGUCCUCCCCAUGCUGUCCUCAGCUCCAGUCUGCCCAAGAUCAUGGAGGGCUUGUGUGAGCCAGGUGGUUGCAUCUCCACAGAGGAGCAAAAUAGGUCAAAUUCAUCCCAGCACUCUCAAAAAGCUGAACAGUCCCCUUGUGCAGCUGAGCUUGCAGAGGACAUGGGCGACAGGAUGGUGUCUUCAAAGGAGAUGGUCAGCAAGGAGUCAAUAACGGGCAUGGUUGCCUGUUCCAGGGACGUGGAAGAUCCAAAUGGAGUGGAAAACAGGCAGGCUUGCAAAAAAUGGCUUAGUGGGUUUGUGAAGCAAGUGGAGAAGGGAUUGGGCAAGGUAGGCAAAGAGCAGCAUCAUGCUGCUGAAGGCGCAGAGGAGAUGGAUGCUGAGACAGGAGACAGUCCCGCGGCAGGCAGCGGCACUGGGAACCGGAGCAAUGCCCCCCAGGGUCCCACGCCUCCUGCCAAAGGGGGUCUGUCACUGGAGACACAUGAUUCAGAUAUCACCCAAAAAGGUCCUGGGCAAGGUGCUCUGCCGAUCACACCAGGGACCAGCCCUCCUCCUGCGGAGCCCAAGCACUGGGCGAAGGCAGAUGUCCCACCGGGCAGAGAGCACUGCAUGGAGAGCGCAGCUGCCUCAGACCUCCAGAGCUUGUUUGACGAUGAGUCCACAUUCUCCCAGCUGUUCCCCCGGGAUGACCAGUUCAUCCGGAGAAAGUGCACGCGGGUGUAUGGGAAGCGCAGCAAGAAACCCAAGCCCGUCACCGAGGUAAACCUCCAGCCAGCAGGUGCCGUUGACCUCUUCGCAAUCCGAUUAGCUUCUGACCUCAGUGAAACCAGCUCUUUCUGCGUCACCAGGGAGGACCCUUGCGAAUACGAGACCAUCUCUGUUGACGAUGCCUUAAUGCUAAACAUGUGUCACGGCAGCAAGGUGAAGAGCAGAGAUGCUGCUCCCAGCGCAUUUAAAAGCAUUGUGCCAAGAUCGGACUGCGAGAAGACCGACCAAGGGAAGGAGGACAUUGACCUGGAAGACAACAUGCUAACUUUCUUGUGCCAAAACAGCCAAAUGGACAACGUCCCCAGCUUGAACAUCUGGGGGAGUCUGGAGAAGGAGGGAGAAAGCAUCUCUGCCGAGGACAUGUUCAAGCCUCUGAUGGACCUUGAGGAUGAGCACUCGCUCAGAGAAGCAAGCUCCGAGCCCCCCGACCUGGCAGAGGAGCCCUACGAUGGCAAGGCUAACAAAGAUUCAGACUCUCCCGAAUUUCAUACCAUCGACAUUGAGAUGCUGAACGCAAAGCUGAAAAUGAGAGACAUGUGCUUCUUCGGCCCUUGUGAAGAUCUUCCUGGCCAUGGAGAGGACAACGCUGUGAGUUUCAAGCUGAAGCCGGGCCAGCACAGCAAGCACAGAAGUAAGCUAGAAGAUGGGAAACUGGGGAAAAACCGCAGUGAGAUAACCAUCAAGGCCAAAGACAAGCAGUACAAAUGCAAAGUCUGCUUCCAGUGGUUCCUGACAUUAGGGGAGCUGGACUUCCACAAGCUCUCCCAUAACCCUUCUCCUCCACCUACCUGCUACAUGUGUGUCCAGCGCAAAUUCAGCUCCCGGGAGCAGCUGAGGGACCAUCUGAAGGAGAAGCACGCCAAAAACAAAGCUGGUUUGUGGGCUUGCGGGAUGUGCCUGAAGGAGAUCUCUGAUGUCUGGAUGUACAACGAGCAUCUCCGGGAGCACGCCACCCAGUUUGCUCGCAAGGGGCAAGCGCAGAAGUCCGUGAUGGGCCUGCCAGCCUGCUUCGGUGAGGACAAUGCCGCUGUCACCCACUUCCUCAACACCAUCAUGUAUCGGAAGCCCAGCAGGUCCUCCCGGCACGCUGACCCCAGCAGCAAGCAUGCAGUUAGCAGAGAGAGCAAGAGCCCCAAGGAGCUGCCCCUCGAGCAGGAGGCCAAGGCGAUGAAAGACCCCUUGGAAAGCAAUGUCAAGGUGAAGCCACCUGCACCCAGCUCCUCUAAAGCAUCUGCCAGUCCAUCUCCAGAGCAUACAGCAAAAAGCGAAGGCACCUCAAAAUCUGUCCCCAUGCACCCAGACUGCAAGGAUCCUUCCAGGGACUGCCAUCACUGUGGCAAACAGUUUCCCAAACCCUUCAAGCUCCAACGGCACUUAGUUGUGCACAGUUUACAAAAGAUCUACCUGUGCCACAAGUGUCCGAUGUUCUACCAAGAGACCAAAGAGCUUCGAAACCACCUCAGCCAGGAGCACGGGAUAGUGGAGGAGCAGGAGAUCAAGCACACCACCCUGUAUGCCUGCGAGCUCUGCGCAGACGUCAUGCACGUUAUCAAGAAGUCCUUCAUCUGCAGCAUGUGCAACUACACCUUCUCCAAGAAAGAGCAAUACGACCGGCACAUGGAGAAGCACCUGGCAGGAAGCAACAAGACUUUCAAAUUCAGAGGGGUCAUGAGGCCCGGCGUUGCCUCCAGAGAGAGCAGGGAGAAGGUGAAAGAGGACAGCUCUCUCCAGGACGGCAUGCCGCCGAGCAAGAAGAGGAAGGUUGCUCACCAUGACAGCACACUCCCACGCAGCUCGCCAGUCCACCUGGACCACUCUAGUGACCUUCAGCUGGUAGAAGCUGCAAGUCCCAGCCUGCAGGCUCCCACUGACUCCUUUCCUACAGCACCUGGUGACCCGGGAGCACUCCAACCCUCUGUGAAAACAGAAGACCUGGUGGGUGACUUCUCCUACCUCCUGGCAGAGAUGGAGAAAUCCCAGUUUGACACCCUGCCUCCACCACCCUGCCUCUCCCCAUCUUUGCCGCAGGGUGCAGCCAGCAGUGAAGAGCUCGGCCAUAUCGCUGCCCUGUCUAUCGAGGAGCUGGAGAAAGGAGCAUUUGAUGGCAAACCACUUCCUUUCUUGGACUCGCCCGAGUUUACCAUUGACCUUGCUGGGUUGGCUUGUAACCAGGCCACAGACCAAAAAUGCUCUCCUCCACACCUCACCGAGAAACAUGGCUGCGCCAAUGCCCAUAAAAGAACAAGCAUAGGCAACAAAGGCAAAUAUAUAGCAGGUGUUCUGGAAAAUCCCGAUGCAGCCACUGACACCACGGAUGGGAUCCCAUUUCUCCAGCUUUCCAAGAAGGUCUCAGAGCUUCCUUCCCCACAGGCAGAGGCUCCACCAGCCAAGGAGACCCACAGAUGGGGCAACCCCAGUGCCAGCAAUGCCUCUUCUUGGGAAGGUGCAUCUAAGGCCACGUCUCCAGAAGCUGCCCACCACUCCCUGCCCCUGAAGGACAAAACGGCUUCACCCACGUUGAACAGGGCUGCCAAAGAUUCAAUCCUACAGAAGAAGACUGCAGGUAGCCAGCCCAGCAGUGAGGCUGCUCCUGGCAUGGACAGCCCCGGCAGCAGCACCGAGGAGGAUCAGCAACCCGGUUCGGGGAAGGAGAAAGCCAUGCCCGAGGCCAGCGCCAAGGACAGCAGCACCAAUGCCAAGGACCAAGGUGUCAGCCCAAGCAAAUCCACCGGCCACCAGCCCAGAGACGAGGUGGCCAGCAACGCCGUGAGACACGGCCAUGUGGAGCCGAGCAAAGCUGCUGGCAAGCUUCACCCCAAGAGGCGGAAAGAGCACAAGUCCCUGAGCCACCGGAGCAGCUCCGGCUCCCGAGAGAACAUGGAGGGAGACGGGAAAAAGAAAAAAGCCCGAACCUCAGGCCCAGGGAGGAGCGAGAGCACCGGCGAGCUCAAACGCGCCAGCUGGAGCAACGCUGAAGCUUCUGCCCUCUCCCCUGGCAGGAGGGAGACGCACUGCAACAAACUGGUACCCAAGCCCAAAACGGGCACCCAACUGAAAAAGAUGGUCCUGGACACUUACAACCAGAAGAAGGGGGAGCUCCGUCACGCCAACGGGGACGUGAAACGCAGGAAGGCCAUUCUGGGGAAGAGCCUCCACCAAGUGUUGGCCAAGGGGCCGGCGCCGUCCCCACGUGGCUCCUUGCACAGCCCGCGUGCCGCCCGGGGUGCCAAGCCAGCCGGCUCGGCCAGCUACCGCACCGCCGAGGCCCAGAACAACCUGCUAAGCCAACUCUUUGGGCAAAAAUUAACUAGCUUUAAAAUUCCUUUAAGAAGAGAUACUUCAGAGUAA